GGUCGUCACUGAAUUAUUCUUUCUAUCCAGGGUCUACUAUGGACGGGUCGGGGCCGUUGCUUCCUUACAGUUACACUCCAGCACAGAUACAGAAGAAGGACAGCGCCUCCAUGAACCAGUCAUUGGCGACGGCGAUUGGCUCGGCGCCUGUCAUCAAGGCUGGGGUGAGUAGGUGUAUAAUGUCGCCGCUGCUAGGCCCCGAGAACACACUGUGCGAGUGUCCAUUCUGCAACGCGAGCAUCAAGACGGCGGUGCAGUAUAGUACUACAUCUCGCACGCACAUUGCCGCAGCCCUUUGGUGCUUGGCAUGUUGCCUGUGCUGCGUGCCAUAUGGAUCGGACUCUGCCAAAAACGCGGACCACUACUGUCCCAGCUGUCAUAGAUACUUAGGUACUUACGAAAAGUAAGAAUAAAUAAAAUU